GUCUCCUCUGCCAAUAUGAUGUGAUCAUGGACCAGCUUGUAGAUGAAGAUGCCCUAGCCAUUCCUGAAGGUCCCAACACUUGUUCCAGAUCAAAGAAACUCAAUGAAGCUGAUGGAGGAAUACUCAAGAUGUCAAGGAAGCAAGAAGAUUGUCUUGGUUGCAGCUUGAUCAACCCAGACACACUCACCACAAAUCAAGCUACUCCACCUUCAAGCUGAUCAUCAUCUAGGCAAGUAGCUUGUGUGUGCUCUUUUCCUAACCUUUGGUUUUGUCCCACUGGGUUUUCCAAAGGAAGGUUUUUAAUGAGGCCACAAGUUACUUCUCUUACCUCCUAGAUGAUUGAUCUUGGUCUGUCCACAUGAAGACCUUAUGUUAUAUAAUUUUAUCUAAGUUUUUAUGCUAUGUUUUUAAUUUCGAAAACUUGGUCUUUGUUUAGUUUCCAAGGGAGCCUGUUCCCUUUAUUUUUAUUUCUAUUUUCGAGACCUUGUGCAUGUACAAGGGCCUCUCUUUAUAUUCUGGUCGUGACCCCCCCUUUAUCAUUAAGCAAUCUUUUAUCAAAAACCCUUUUCUCUCUUCUCUCUUGUCUUGGACGAGUUGAAGUGUGUCUGGUGUGUAAUAUCCAGUCUGUUGGUGUGUAAUAUCCAACGCCCAAGGGCUUUAGAGAGGUGUGUCAUAUCCGAUCUAAGCCUAGGAGUAUCAAGAAGCCUUUCCGCAGCCUCUUGUGUCACCAUUCGAUCCACAUACCUUGAGAAGCUUGAGUCUUUUGAUUCGUUUCUGCAAGGAUUAUCCCAUCUGUUCCAGAGCAUCAUCCUAGGAUCUCAUCAAGUGGUAUCAGAGCAACUCUGGAAGGGAAGUGUUCAUCUUUCUCUAUGAUUUUCGAUUUGUCUCUUCAUAUUCAUGCUAGAAACUGAUAGAUCUGUGUUGUGGCUGUCGAAAUUUGAUAGAUUAAGUUUAUCUGAUUUCGUUUGUGUGUUAAAAACUCUUCAUAUACCUUGCUGAGAAAGUUUUCUGAUUUACUUGAUCAAUCUGUUUCUGUUUCUGAAAUUUCGAAUUUGUUUCUGUCUUGAUCUACUCUGUUUUGAUUAAACUUGAUGUACUAGACUUGAAAGUGAACCUGAAAUCAAAAUCUCUCUGUUCUGUUUCGAAAUCAAUCUGAUCUGUUAGGUUUGUGAUUUAUCAGUUCUGUUCAGAUUAGUUUUGAUCUGUUUUAAAUCAUUGGUUGAGUUUCUAAUUUGUUCUGAGAAUUGUCUAAGGUUUUAAGCUUCAGUUUGAAUCUGUUUCUGGUUUUGCAAAUUGAUUUUUGUUUUCUCUGUAGAACUUGUUACUGCUGUGUGUUGUUUUCUGUCUCAGGUACAAUGGCAGGAGAUCAGAAAGGAAAAAUCACUAAGGAAGAAAGGCUGUUACUUAAAUCUAUGAAUGCUCAAAUGCAGCAGAUGUUGGAUACCAACAUGGGUGAAUUUCGAAAGGAGCUUAGACAAAAGUUUCUGCAGCAAACUGAUGAUCUUAGGCAGCAAAAUAAAAACAGAAUGGACAAACAAAAGCUUGAGCCUAGACCACCAGAUUCUGUUCCAAACGAAUCAAGCAAGCAUAAGUGGUAUAAGGAAGAGGAAGCAGGACGUGGCCAACAGUCUUACAAACAGCCAGCCCACACUUCGAGCAGACCACAUCAAGCUUCUCGCACUCCUAAAUCAAAUAUUCAUUCUUCUUACAAUCAAAUUGUCACUAAGCCUCAACUUUAUGUUUUUACAGGGGAAGGUGAUUAUUUAAAGUGGGAAAGAACAAUGGAGAAGUGGCUUUGCUACAACAAAAUCCUGAAGAGAGAAGCAUUGGCUUAUGUGAUGUCUCAGCUCAAAGGAAACGUUUUUAAGUGGUUGUUGCAAGAAGAAGAUGAUCGCAGGUACUACAAGGAACCAGCUAUCACCACUUGGGAAGAUCUGAAGUUGCUACUAGGGAAGAAGUAUGCAUCCAAAGGCCACACUUCUCUGAAAUCUCCAAAGAAGAAAGUCAUAUCCGCAACAGACUUCAAAAGUGAAAAAUCAGAAACCAAGAUGGCUGAUUAUGAGAAAGAAAUCAGCAGCCUUGUUAAGGAGAUUCUUAAGACCAGCAAGCACUUAGACAAGCAGAAGAAGCUCCCAAAGAAUCAAGAACCAGUUGCUACUGUCUCAGAACUCAAUGAUGCAGAACCAGACUCAGCUGCCCCAAUUCAAGAAGCUCAAACCAAAACAUCUAUGGGAAAAGGAAAGUUUGAGAAAGAACAAGAGUUUUCUCUGUUCUUACCUCACUCUGAAUCUAAUUUUGAUAAUUCCUUUAAUGAACUAACUUGUCUUGGACCGGUGCAACCGAGUAGAAUUGUUUCAGUGUCACAGGUUGCAAAAGAAGACUCAGCAGAAAAAGAACCAGAGAGUACAACACAAGAAGAACAACAGAAAAACUUGCAGACAAAAUCAGCUCAUGAAUCUUUGUCUUAUGAUCUGCAAGAGCACUGUAAGGAGUUUAAUAUGGUUGCUUCUGUGCCUAGAAUGUUUGUUAAAGUGAGUACUGAAGACAUAAAACGUUUUGGUCUUGAUAAAGUAAAAGAUUUUUGUGUUUCAAAAUCUGUUUUUGAUAACAUGUUUAAAUCUUUUAAAGAAAUUAAACCAGAAAUCAUCUUUGAUCAAAAACGUUUUCAAAAUCAAAAUAAUAACAUUUGUGGUCAUAUUCUGAGUUUUGAUCAUUUUCUGAAACAUGUCAAAAGUUUUGAUCAUUUUGAAAAGGUUUUAGAGCUUGAAUUGAAACAAUCUGAUUUCUGUUUGAAACCUUGUGAUUCAUUUGCUAGAACUGAAGAAAGGAGUUUUGUUACGAACUUCCAUGUGCAUAAACUGAUCCUUGAUAAUUCUUGUGUUUCUGCUUAUGUAUUGAAUGAACCUAAGAAGUUGCAGGAACCGAAAUUGCAUCAAUCUGAUUUUAGAUUUAAAUUUGUGAAAUCUGCAAAGUUCACUAAGUUUGAGCUUGAUUGUUUGUGUGCUGAAAAUGAUUCUAAACAUGUAGGUUGGUUCUUUGAUGAUAUUCUAGUGUAUAACACUUUCUUUGAUAAACCUGCUGCACAAUUGAAACUAGAUAUCACUAAUUCUGAAUGUGUGAACUUGAACCUUAAUGAUAUCUGGGUCUGCAGUAUUUUCUUUGAUAUGCAUCAUAGAUGGAGGAAUCAUGCUGUUUUGUGCUUUGGAGACAUUCUGGUCUACAACACUUUCUUUGACAUGAUAACACACUUGACUUGUCCAAAAAGAGCUGAGAAGUGUACAGGUAAAAAGAGGGGCUAUACUGAUGAGUCCUUGGCUAAGCUGGAGAUGCAACAAUCAAAUCUUGGAAGCUGUCUAGCCGCCAACUUUGACAUAGGAGCAGUCCGAGGAUCAUAUCUCAGCAACCAGAAGGAAUUAAGCAACAAACUCAACUGCAAUGGAAACUACACUCAUCAGGGUCUCACGUCGAACUGGAAUCAUGUCCAAAGCUUCUCAAAUGAAAGAGUUAUGGGUUCUACAAGACGGGUGAUUCUGUGUUUGCUUUGUUUGAAUUUUUCUGAGUAUAGAACAUCUCAAUCCUAUAUAUGGCGACCAGGUGAGCAUGCUAAGGUAACCAAUCAUGUUUUCAAGAGUUCCUUUAUUGAUUACACAGAUAUGAUGCACUUGUUUUUGUCAAAAGAGUCAUGUGCAGAUUAUAUGGAAGCUUUGAAGCAUGCAAAGACAAAGAACAAGCGUGAGGAAGACAAACGUUUCAAGCCGCCUGAUCUAAGCCAGGAGAGACAUCAGGACGUCACUUGCUUCAUCCUCAUCAAAGAAGCACCUCCAGAUGCAACAUACAAGCCAAAACCGAGAAAAUAUAACUUUGGGAUAAGAAUCUUACUCUAUGAUGAUUUUGCUUGUGUUAACUUGUCUUGUUUCAAAGUAUCAGGUUUAAGUAAUGCCUCAGGAGUGAGGAAAGCCAAAUGGAUCAGUCCCUUCUACCUAAUAGAACCAGUAACACAGAUUUGAGGACAAAUCUUUUUGAAGUGGGAGGGGAUGAUGUGAUCAUGGAAAGCACCAAGGAAUGGAAUCAUGAACCUGAUCAUGGAGAACUUGUAGCUGUGGAAGAACCUACACUUGAAGAAUGUUUGAGCCGAAAUAAAGCUUCUAUCAUCAGAGACAACUUGAUCUACAUUCAAGCUACUCUACACUCAAGCUGAUCAUCAUCUAGGCAAGUAGCUUGUGUGUACUCUUUUUCCCUUGAUUGGUUUUGUCCCACUGGGUUUUCCAAUCAAGGUUUUUAAUGAGGCCACAAGUUACUUCUCUUACCUCCUAGAUGAUUGAUCUUGGUCUGUCCACAUGAAGACCUUAUGUUAUAUAAUUUUAUCUAAGUUUUUAUGCUAUGUUUUUAAUUUCGAAAACUUGGUCUUUGUUUAGUUUCCAAGGGAGCCUGUUCCCUUUAUUUUUAUUUCUAUUUUCGAGACCUUGUGCAUGUACAAGGGCCUCUCUUUAUAUUCUGGUCGUGACCCCCCCUUUAUCAUUAAGCAAUCUUUUAUCAAAAACCCUUUUCUC